AUGGCGGACGCUUUGAAAGCCGAAGGUAAUAAGGCCUUCUCGGCCAAGGACUACCCGACUGCUAUUGCGAAGUUCACUGAAGCCAUCGCGAUCGAGCCCGAGAACCAAGUCCUCUUCUCCAACCGCUCUGCUGUAUACGCCGCUCAGAACGAAUUCCAGAAGGCUCUUGAGGAUGCCGACAAGGCCAUCAGCAUUAAGCCUGACUGGUCCAAAGGCUACCUUCUGGCUGCCCACGAUGCCUACGAGGAAGCAUUGAAGCUCGAGCCCGAGAACGCUCAGGCCAAGUCUGGCCUCGCUGCCGUUCAGCGUGCAAUCAACGCCGAGGCCACCGCUGACGGUGCUUCAGGUGAUCCUUUGGGUGGCUUGGGUAGCAUGUUCAACGACCCCGGCAUGAUCCAGAAGCUUGCUAGCAACCCCAAGACUUCCGCUCUCUUGGCUGACCCAGAGUUCAUGGCGAAGCUGCAAAAGAUCCGACAGAACCCUAACAGCGUUGGCGAGGAGAUCCGUGAUCCCCGUUUCUUGCAGGUCAUGAGUGUCUUGCUUGGAAUUGACAUGAACUUCGGUGGUGAGGGUGCCCCAGGCCAGGAUCAGCCCACCCCCGAACCCGAGCCCGAGGACGAGGAAACUAUUGCGAAAAAGAAAGCUAAAGAGGCCGGCGAUGCCGAGAAGCUCAUUGGGACCGAUUUCUACAAGCAGAGGAAAUUCGACGAGGCCAUUGAGCACUACGAGAAGGCUUGGGAGUUGAACAAGGACAUUACCUAUCUCAACAACAUCGGUGCUGCCAAGUUCGAAAAGGGUGACUACCAGGGUGCCAUUGAGAUCUGCCAGAAGGCCGUUGAGGAAGGACGUGAACUCCGCGCCGACUUCAAGACCAUCGCCAAGUCUUUCACCCGUAUCGGAAGCGCAUAUGAGAAGCUUGGCGACCUUGCCCAGGCUAUCGAGUACUAUAACAAGUCUCUUAUGGAACACCGGACCCCCGACGCCCUCACCAAGCUGCGUAACGCCGAGAAGGCCAAGGCCACCGCUGAAAGGAAUGCCUACCUGAGCCCUGAGGAAGCCGAGAAGGCCCGUGAGCUUGGUCAACAGAAGUUCCAGGAGGGUGACUGGCCUGCGGCUGUGGAAGCUUUCAGCGAGAUGAUCAAGCGUGCCCCAGAAGACCCCCGUGGCUACUCCAAUCGUGCCGCUGCUCUGAUCAAGCUGAUGGCUUUCCCCCAGGCUGUGCAGGAUUGCGACCAAGCCAUCGCCCUGGACCCUAAGUUCAUCCGCGCUUACAUGCGCAAGGGACAGACUCUGCUUAUCAUGAAGGAAUACAACCGUGCUCUGGACACUUUCACCGAGGCUGCCGAGCAUGAUGACGGUACCCAUGCUCGCGAGAUCGAGCAGCAGCAGCAGAAGUGUCUCGAUGCGCAGUUCAGUGCUCGCGCUGGUGAGACGGAGCAGCAGACUGCUGAGCGUAUCCAAAAUGACCCAGAGAUCAUGUCCAUUCUCCAAGACCCCGUCAUGCAGAGUAUCCUCCAACAGGCCAAGAGUGAUCCUGGUGCUCUUCAGGAGCACAUGCGCAACCCGCAAGUGCGCAUCAAGAUCCAGAAGCUCAUGGCUGCUGGUGUGAUUCGUUUGGGCCGGUAA